AUUAUUUGGAGGAUCAUGUCCUAAACAAAACGAGGCCGGUUUGCGGGGGGAUGUGCAGAUGCUUCUGUUAUGUCUACGUAUGAACUAGGUGGAGAUUGCAGAAUCGUGCACUUUGCUCGGUUGACUAAUCUGGGGCUAGUGCAAAGAUAUUGUGUUGCAUAAGUUAAACAGUAAUUACCCUAUACGUUCAGUUGUUGUAAUGCUGAUGGUAGCCUAUGUUUGCUUUUCAUCACUGGUGGUUUGUACAAAGCGUAGACCACAGGCUUAGACCGACCACAAGUAGUUUAUUUAAGGGAUAGUGUGGCAUGGCGUCUUAUAUUACUAGUACUGGCCGGCAUGUUGAGGGCAGGCCUGUCUGGUCUUUGACAGUGAAGGUCUGGUGCCGCUUUUGAAUUGAUAAGGAAAUAAGUCUACCGAGACGAUAUAAAAACUGAUUUGCAUGUCUGUACUUGUGAAGAGACGCGGUGAAAUUAAUCUGCUUAUGCCUAUACCCUUUGAAUGCAUAACGUUGCUGUACAACCUACUCUGGAGUUUUUUUAAGCGGGCAAAUAAUCCCUCUAAACAUGAAUAACACAAUUACGAAAAAAUUAACAUGUUGUUAAAAUUCUGGGAUGGUAACUGUGUUUGGAAUAAAAACCAGCAUAUACAGGGGGUCCCCAGAACCGAGGUAGGGAACCACUGCUUUUGAGGUUUCAAACUGGUCAACUGGAUAUUUAUAAGGCUAUGCCAGCAAACGCACACUAGGGGGCAGCAACGAUUGAAGAUGGCUGCACCGUCUUCAUUUUAUUUCACCUUGAGAUGCGGGAUCAUAGGUGUUUUGGAAAUGAACUUGUCCACAUUUUUGUUGUGGUUCUUAGAACGUUGUGUGUCUUGAGAAUAUUACAUUAUCCUGUGUUAUUCAGACAGCAUUUGUCUUGCAUAUCCAUGGUACCCAAUCACAGUAAGUUAUCAAAUAAUAUUCUGUAAUUAAUACAUUUUUCUGUCUGCUUUCAGGUGCCAGUUGGUAACAGUACCACAGAGUAUUGAGCCCAAAAGUCAUGACCUAGUUUCAAUAAAACCAGCCUUCAGCCUGCAUGUCCAAAACAUUUGUAUAAUGUUAAACAUGGAUAAAGAAAUGUUUUGAUAUAUACAAUAUUAGCCUCACAGAGGAAAUAUUAGCAUUUGAUUUCAUUCAUUGACUUAGAGGACCAUUAAGCUGAAACUUCACGAAACUCCCUGUGGCUGAUAUAAGUGAUGUAUUAACGCGAAACUGACAUUAAUGUGGAAACAUUGCUCCAACUCCAGCUUCAUAAAUUUUACAGCGUAGUUCAGCCACGCCCCCUGAUGCUCCAUAAGUCAUGUGAGGGAUCGGAACCCUGUUGUGUUACCAGGGAAACCAAAGAGGUCUGUCAAUCAGGGGGCUGGUCACCCACAGUGGUAAUGAGGCUAGGCCUAUUUCAUUCUUUUUCUAUUUUUUUUUUUACCAAUGAAUUAACAAAAAAAAAAAAAAAAUCUAAUGUGAUAUAGAUCCUUUGAAUCAAAUUAGCUCCAGAUCACUCAAAAGAGUUUACAAGAGAUGGUCUUAAAGUGUAGAACAAAUUUAACUUUAAUAUUCUAUGUAGAUUCUGUUUUAAGCCUAGUCAUCACCAAAGCCUCUGAAGAAAUCCCAUUUCCACUAAACGUCGUAUAUUGCUGUUCUUAUUUGUAAUUUCAAUCCUGAAAUCGAAAUAAUGAUCUACCAAAAAAUGUCAUCCAUGCAUCAUGUUCCUAGAUUAAUUCAUCAGAUUAAGUUGAUAUUUUAAUAUUUAUAGGAAUUAACCAUUGCAUUCGGUCAUACUUUUCACAUGCGCUAAAUCUGGACAGCUUGAUCUUUAAUGUUCUAAUAGCAAAACAUAUAACAUAUAAUAUGAUGAUAAGAACAGGCCAUUCAGCCCAACAUGCUCGCCAUUUCCCUACCACUGAAGUGUAGGUCUACCUAGCGCUCGGUUUACCCACAAACUAGAUAAUAUCUAGCACCAUGUGAAAACCUGGUCUUGUAAACAGAGUUUAUGACUCUCCUACAUGACCUGGCAAGCUAUUCCACACAGCAAGUAGUACUCUCUGUGUAGAAAAAAAUACUUUCUAACUAUCUGUGCGGAAUUUACCUUCUGCCAAUUUUAAUUUAUGCCCCACGUGAAGGUGCUUACUGAAAAACACUCAAAAAACAAAAAAAAAAAACAAUAGCGCAUGCACGCGUGUGUAGCCCUACUUUCCUUCUCAAGUUAGCGCUAGAUUUGUGGAGAUAUUCCGCUCAUAAUAAGCUAUGAGUAUCGUAUUACGCUCAAACUGGUAGCUGAGGUAUCUCUGUGACCUCAGGCACACUGAACAUUGUGUUUCCGCUCGUUGCCCGAGAGCUCACAAAAGGAAGCAUUCAAUCGAGAGUCUGCUGUAAACACAGAAUAAAGUCGCUUAAAAGAACAGCACUUCCCCAGUCUGAGUAUUCAAGUUGACCACCUUUUACAUGUGCAGGUGGUUCUCCUACAAAAAAAACCAAGCUUGGUGGCCUAAAAGUGUCUUUCUCUUGCAGCCCAUGUUAAGCUAAUAGAAAUUAUUUUUUAUUGCUGUUUGAUUUUAGUUAUUUGCUGGACUAUUUGUGUAAAUUAAGUCCUUUUAUUGUUACAGAUGUGUCACAAUUGCAAGUAUGUUAAUUUGCCGAGAGGUUCAUAUUUAUGGCUCGUAUUUGAUAAUGUACUUAUCUACAUAAUUGGGGGCUUCACCUCAACACGUUUUAGCGUCAUUGAACGACCUUCACAGAUAAUGACGUUUUUGUGGAUUCUGUCAACAUUGGCUCUCGCGGCCCUGCGUGGCGGAACAGGGUUCAGGAAACGGAGCUGCUCGCGGCGCUCGCUCACACGCUUCUGUACGGUAUCAGAAGACAAGUGCUCAGCAGCAGCAUUGAGCUGUUGUGGUACGACAAAGCUGGAGUUGCAGGCUGCAAAUGCUCGUGUCGCUUUAAUCCGAACCGCGCAUUGACCAGGUUCCUGUAAACUGAUAUGGUUUUACGGGAUCGGCCAGCGCAUUCAUGAAGCCAUAAUCAAACAACCGUGCCACUAAUCAAGGAGCAAAACUGGCUGACAGGAUACAACCGCGUUAUUUGUUUAUGCAAUGUAUCUGUCGCUCUCGCAUCGUACCGUGCCGAGCGAAUACUCCCUCUUGGCAGAAGAUCCGCAUCCACACUGCCGGGUUGAAGCACGCCGGAAUGCCGAUAGUUGUCUGUCAGUAGCAAUAUAAUUUUAAGUCAGGUGCUACACAGAUAUUAUUUAUCAGGGACGACGCUUAAAAAAAAAAAUAACAACAACGACGACGACAACAAUUUCCUCUAAAGACUCUGGAUUACACGUUGCGACGAAAUCUUCAGGAGAUUUUUUUCCCCCUUGUCAUUUGGUUUACAGACUGUAUUUAAAACCAGGGGCGCAAACCAUUUAAGGUUUGCGUUGGGUCGUGUCGCUGCCGAAUCACCAAAUCAACUUGUGGGGAAACGGGGAGAUGGAUCCCGAGCAGCGGAGCCAGAAAGACCCGGACCCAGCGGGGGCAAUCAGAGCAGUUUCAGCGCCAGGCCCUUCUUCUGCACCCUCAAAAUCAGCCAAUCCAGCUGCCCCAGCAUCUGCCCCGCAAUCCACUCCGGCAUCUGCCCAGCCAACUGGCUCAGCAACCACAGCAGCAACCGCUCCAGUAACUGCCACGGCAAACAUUCCAGCAACCGCCCCAACAACCGGCCCAACAACUGCCCGUGCAGCUACCCCAGCAACAGCCCCAGCAACCACUCCAGCUACUGCCCCAGUAACUGCCCCAGCAACCACUCCAGCAACUGCCCCAGUAACCGCCCCAGCACCCACUCCAGCAACUGCCCGUGCAACUACCCCUGCAACCGCUCCAGCUACUGCCCCAGUAACUGCCCCAGUAACUGCCCCAGUAACCACCCCAGUAACUGCCCCAGUAACUGCCCCAGUAACUGCCCCAGUAACUGCCCCAGUAACCACCCCAGUAACUGCCCCAGUAACUGCCCCAGUAACCGCCAACAGGGCGCGGAAGCUCGAGAGGGCCCCCAGAGCACAGUCAUCGACUGCGGGCUCUGAGCCCAAACCCACAGAGGCGACCCAGCCCCCUGCAGCCCCUUCCAACACCCCCCACCCCAGGCCACCGAGGUACGGGCCCACCCCCUCUGCAGCGAAGCCCCCAGAGCCCACCCCAGCAAAGGGACCACCGGGGCUAUCGCCCAGUCCGAAUGUCCGACCCCACCCGCUAGGGUCCCGGAGCCCCAUCUCAACGAGGGCUGCCUCUGUGCCCCAUCCUCCCCCCACCAGCCCCGUCCCGCCCCACCUCAGCCCCCAACCACAGAGGGCCUUCUCAGUGGCAGGUACAGCAGACACCCAGCCCCAGCCUGUGGAGGACUUCAGGGUGCACAUAAUCACAUGGAACGUUGGGUCGGCUGUGCCUCCCGAUGACAUCAUUUCCCUUUUGGGGCUGAACGUGAGCGAUGGGAACACGGACAUGUACAUCAUCGGGCUGCAGGAAGUGAACUCCAUGAUCAACAAGCGUCUGAAGGACGUGCUGUUCACGGACCAGUGGAGCGAGCUGUGCAUGGACACCCUCAGUCCCUUUGGAUACGUGCUGGUUACGUCCCAGCGGAUGCAGGGGGUGCUCCUGCUGGUGUUCGCCAAAUACUACCACCUGCCUUUCCUGAGAGGGGUGCAGACGGAGAGCACCCGCACAGGCCUGGGGGGCUACUGGGGCAACAAGGGCGGGGUCAGCGCCCGCAUGACGGUGUUCGGCCACUCGGUGUGCUUCCUGAACUGCCACCUGCCCGCCCACAUGGAGAACUCGGAGCAGCGCAUGGACGACUUCGACAGCAUCCUGCAGCAGCAGCAGUUCGAGGGCCAGGCGGCUUCGGGGGUGCUGGACCACGAUGUGGUUUUCUGGUUUGGGGACUUGAAUUUUCGUAUCGAGGACUAUGAGAUGCACGUUGUGAAGGGAGCCAUUGACAAUAACAGACUCUCUCUGCUUUGGGAGAAAGACCAGCUCAACAUGGCGAAGGACAGCGAGCAUGUUUUGGAAGGGUUUCAUGAGGGUCCCCUCAAAUUUCCUCCUACUUACAAAUUUGAUGUUGGGACGCACACGUACGACACUAGUGGCAAGAAACGGAAGCCCGCCUGGACGGACCGCAUCCUGUGGCGGCUGAGGGCGGCGGCCCCGCCGGGGCCCCCGAACAGCGGCGGGCCGAGGCGCAGCCCCACGGCGGGGCUCACCAGCGGCACCAGGGUGACGCAGCACUUCUACCGCAGCCACAUGGAGUACACCGUCAGCGACCACAAGCCCGUCUCCUCCCUCUUCACCUUGCAGUUCCCAUAUAAGGUGGAUAUUCCCUUGGUGACUCUUACUGUGGAAGAUGAGUGGAACCAAGUGUCAGACGCCAAGGCCAAGUUCAAGAUGGCUGCCAACUACUCCCGCAGCUCCUGGGACUGGAUUGGACUGUACAAGGUCGGAUUCAAGCACCACAAGGAUUAUGCAGCCUAUGUGUGGGCCAAGCAGGAAGAGUCAGAUUACUUAACACAGGAAUAUCAGGUGACAUUUGACGAGGAGGAUUUGCCCAAGGGCUCUGGAGACUACAUCUUGGGUUACUAUAGCAACAACAUGAGCUCCAUCGUGGGAGUGACGGAACCCUUCCAGAUCCAGCUGCCCACGUCCAGCCCGGAGGCCAGCCCGUCGGACAGCUCCUAUUCCAGCGCGGAGGAGGACGGCGCCGGGGGGGCCCUCCUGCGCCCCACGUCCCGCAGCCCGAGCCCCGGCGGGUCCCAAACCCGCCGCCGCAGCCGCAGCCGGAGCCCCGCCCUGGCCAAGCUGCAGGGCCUGCGCCUCACGUCCCGCAGCCCCUCCCCCCGCCCCCCCGCCAGGAAGAAGAAGGAGCGGCGGGGCGACACGCCCGACGGCCUCCUGUCGCCCGCCGCCUCCAGCCCCCCCGCCUCCUCGUCCGCCAUGGGCGCCCUCGUCACCGCCAUCUCCGGCGAGCAGCUGUCCGCCCUGGCCGCCGAUCCCGCCGCGGAGAGCGGGGGGACGGGGUCGUCGUCGUAGCGCACGACCCGCCACCCCCACUCCCCCCCCGUAACCC